AGCUCAUCAACUCCUGUUCCCCUCUUUGAUUAGUCCGCCCUACCACACAGCAACCCCAACCCGUGGCGCACGUUAGCGAGGAGGGCAAAAUCGGGAAGAAAAUUUUCAAACUUUAAAUCGAGGCUUUUGGAAGCAAAGAGAAAAGAGAGAAAGGUGGAGAGACGGAGACAGAGAGAAACUUUCUCUGUGUGUUUGAAGGCCACACGAAAUUACAUUGCAUUAUACUCAUAAAUCUCAUCUCAUCUCAUCACAUCGCAUCUCAUCUCAUCUUGUUCAAUCAUUCUUUCUUCGUUCCAAAUCUGAAAAUCUUCGUCGACAAAUUCUCAGAGCGAGGUACGAAGCGCAGAAGCAGAUCGAAUCCAAAUCAAUCGAAUCGGAGAUUGGAGGAGAAGUUGGGUAAUAAUAAUAACGAUAACAGAAGUUAGGAUUCGAGGGAUGUCGUGCUCGUCAUCGUCGGCAUCGGAGGAAGAGGACGAGGGCACCGACUCUUACCGCAAGGGAGGGUACCAUGCCGUCCGAGUCGGCGAUCCUUUCGCCGGCGGCCGGUACAUCGCUCAGAGGAAGCUCGGGUGGGGUCAGUUUUCUACCGUGUGGCUCGCUUACGAUACUCGAAGCUCCAAAUAUGUUGCUCUUAAGAUUCAGAAAAGUGCAGCGCAAUUUGCUCAAGCUGCUCUCCAUGAGAUUGAGGUUCUUUCAGCUAUUGCUGAUGGUGAUCCCUCAAAUUCCAAGUGUAUUGUGCGAUUGGUAGACCACUUUAAGCAUGUAGGCCCAAAUGGACAGCAUCUGUGCAUGGUCCUUGAAUUUCUUGGUGAUAGCUUACUCCGGCUAAUCAAGUAUAAUCGCUAUAAAGGUCUUGAAUUGAAUCAAGUUAGAGAAAUUUGCAAGUGCAUUUUGGCAGGUCUUGAUUACUUGCAUAGAGAACUUGGUAUAAUCCACACAGACCUGAAACCUGAAAAUAUUCUCCUUUUUUCCACCAUUGAUCCUGCCAAGGACCCAGUUAGGUCUGGGCACUCCCCAAUUCUUGAGAGGCCUGAGGGGAAUCCUAAUGGUGGAGUUACCGUAAAUAUUAAUGAGAAAAAGCUGAAGAGAAAGGCAAAGAGGGCAGUAGCUAAGAUAUCAGGAAGGAGAGCUUCAAUGGGAGGGGUUCAGAAAUCUGAUAGAUGCCUGGAUGGGAUUGAUAUGAGGUGCAAGGUUGUGGAUUUUGGAAAUGCAUGCUGGGCUGAUAAGCAGUUCACUGAAGACAUUCAAACAAGGCAGUAUAGAGCUCCGGAAGUUAUACUGCGAUCUGGGUACUCUUUCUCAGUUGACUUGUGGUCAUUUGCUUGCACUGCAUUUGAGCUUGCCACAGGUGACAUGCUGUUUGCUCCCAGGACUGGACAAGGUUUCGAUGACGAUGAGGAUCACCUUGCCCAAAUGAUGGAACUGCUUGGAAAGAUACCCCGGAAGAUUGCCGUUGGAGGAGUUCGAUCCAAAGACUUAUUCGACAGACACGGGGACUUAAAGAGGAUCCGAAGGUUGAAAUUCUGGUCACUUGAUAGACUGUUGGUGGAUAAGUACAAGUUUUCAAGCACCGACGCCACCGAGUUCACAGGGUUUCUGUGCCCCCUUCUCGAUUUUGUGCCAGAGAAGAGGCCCACCGCCCAGCAGUGCUUGCAGCACCCGUGGCUCAGUCUCAGGAGCUCCUCUUCCCAGAAUGAGGCCAAGAAGGAAUCUGGGGUGGGGAAGCUGGAUUCUGAGCUGAGCAAACUUCGGGUGAAGGCAGGUGAGUGAGUGAGUGAAGCAUUGCUUGUGAUUUUUCCUGGUUUGUCAAAAAGGACCCUUUUCUUUUCUUGGGGAUUAACUAAUAUGUAAAAUAGAGAUGGGGGAGGAAACGACAUGAGCAAGAAAUUUGACAUGAUUGCUCAUGUUGUUUGUAUGUUUGGCAGAACAGUACUCAUACGACAAGUCCCUACACCCAGCCCUAGUGGAUGCUGACCUCAAAUUCAUACCUAUAUGACUUCUUGUGUUUCCAAUUAUUAUGUGUAGAAAUCUGAAAUCGAAAUCUGAAAUUGAAAUCUGGAAA